AUGGAGGAGGUGCGGGCUUUGAGUCACUCAAGUAGACAGGUCGUAGACUACGCGGGCGUGUACUUCGAUGGUUUGUACAGCGAUUGCUGGAGUUUACUGAAGGCAGGUUACAGUGUGACCGGUAUGUAUACGAUAUUCCCCGCGGGAUUUGCAGAUGGUCUGAAGGUGUACUGCGACAUGGAGACCGACGGUGGAGGCUGGCUUGUCAUUCGGAGGCGUCAGGAUGGCAGUGUCGACUUCUACCGCGGCUGGGCUGACUACCGCGUGGGCUUUGGUGAGUUGGCUGGUGAGUUUUGGCUCGGCAACGACAACUUGCGCACCUUGAGUAAUUCUACUGGAUCUUGGGAUCUUCGAAUCGAUUUAGAGGACUGGGAUGGCAACACAACCUGGGCCGAGUACGGAGGUUUUCAAAUCUCUGGACAGGAUUUUCGUCUGAGAUUUGGUUCGUUCAAUGCGGACAGUACGGCUGGAGACUCUCUGACUUACCAUAAUCACUGGCCGUUUUCAACAAAGGACGCAGACCAUGACCGUUCCCAUAUGAACUGCGCAGAGAGGAUGGCCGGAGCUUGGUGCAAGCUUGGUGUUCCGGACCGCUUUGUGAGCGGCUGUUUUAAAAUCUCAACUCAAGACGAGGCCCGGCUUUAG